AGUAAUUUUGUCCCGUUUCUGCUAUCCGUAAAGAGAUGUUUUCCAGCAGUAACACGAAAGGUUCGUGUUGGUUGAAACUUGAAACUACUACACUUGUUUUCAUCGAUGUAUACAAUUAUUCUAUAUAAACCCAUAGAGAUACCAGAUUUAAGGUCUGAUUAUGCUGUCUACCUCAAUUACUCCUUUGCAUACUUGCUUCUACCCAAUUCCUAAGCAUUUUUACUCCCCCAGUCGUUCCCUUAAUCUCCACAAGAAAACUCUUCCUCGUUCCUCACUUUGCUCCACCCAUUUCACAAACAAGUGUUGUUUCACUCUCAGUUCUACACAUAGUUGCAGUCAGGAACAAGAUAAACACAAAAGGGACAACAACAACAACAGUACAGACCUAGAUCGACAGAACGGUAUAAAUUGGGAAGAAUUUUAUACUUCUAUUCAAGAAGAGAGAACCCAGUACAGAGAGAACAAGGAGGACCCGAAAUUUGAGCUUCCCAACCCUUCAGGCAUUUACACAAACAUGUGGUGGACAGACUUGAAAGCUGCAGUAGGCCAGAGGAUUAACGUGGAGGGCAUUGUGUCUUCUUUAGGGGUUUUCUCUAAGGACAAGCAUUUGGCGAUCCCACAUGUUAUUGUGCCGGAUAUUAGGUAUAUCGAUUGGACUGAGCUAAAGAAACGAGGGUUUCAAGGUGUGGUCUUUGACAAGGAUAAUACAAUUACAGUUCCUUACUCCUUGAGCUUGUGGUCUCCUCUUGCCUCUUCUAUAGAUCAGUGCAAAUCUCUCUUUGGUAACAAUAUUGCAGUUUAUAGCAACUCUGCAGGACUAGAUGAAUAUGACCCUGAUGGUAGAAAAGCCAGAAUUCUUGAACGUGCAAUUGGAAUUAAAGUCAUUAUGCACAGGGUGAAGAAGCCGGCUGGAACAGCUGAAGAAAUUGAAAAACAAUUUGGUUGUGAAUCGUCGAGGCUUAUUAUGGUGGGUGAUAGGCCGUUUACAGACAUAGUUUAUGGUAAUAGAAAUGGUUUUCUUACUAUUUUGACAGAGCCAUUAAGUCGUGCAGAGGAACCAUUAAUUGUACAGCAGGCUUCCUGGCAUGGGCUCCUCUUACCCAGUCGGUCAUCAGACUUUCUGGCUUCUCAGAGCUGAAUUGCUUUCACCAGCGGUUGUUUUGUUAGACAUAGAUCAGACUUUCUGGCUUCUCUCAGCUGAAUUGCUUAUCAGCAGCGGUUGUUUUGUUAGACAUAGUCCAUGGAGUUGAUCUUUGGUGGUGACUGUAGGGUCGACAUCCUAUUCUCCCCUACUUGAAAAAGUCACCUAUAUUUUUGUUACUUUUGUCACAAUGAACUUGUCACAUUCUCAAGUAAAGACAACCUCUCUGAUGCUUAAAGCAGUUUUAGCAUCUUGUCAAAUAGCUUAUUGGAUAUACAUCCGCCAAUUGAAGUAGGUACAUUGGAUGCCUCAUCCACUGCAUUGUGACAGCUGCUCAUGAGAAUUAUGGCCAUCACCUGCAUUAUUUCUGUCAUUGUCACUUCCAAAAGUUACUGGCGUGGCUGCUGCCUUAAUCCCUAUGCACCAAUUCGUUAUGUGGUUUCCUAAGAACAUACUCUACUCAAAAGAUCUUUUUUUAUGGGUUACUAUACUCAAAAUUAUAAUGCACAAUUAUGUGAUCACUUGUUCACUUUCAAGUUUUCUCUCAUCAACUUGAUCAAGUAUGAAUGCUGAAAGGAAUGAAUGAAAUGGCAUCUUGGAACCUUCUUUUGCUA